CCGCUUCCCAUAACUCCGUGCGCUCUCCCCUCCCGCCCUCUUUCCGCCAUCUUUCCGUGCCGCCAUAAUGGUGCGCAUGAACGUCCUGGCUGAUGCUCUUAAGAGCAUCAACAAUGCCGAAAAGAGAGGCAAACGCCAGGUUCUUAUAAGGCCGUGCUCCAAAGUCAUCGUCCGGUUUCUAACUGUGAUGAUGAAGCAUGGUUACAUUGGCGAAUUUGAAAUCAUUGAUGAUCACAGAGCUGGGAAAAUUGUUGUGAACCUCACAGGCCGGUUAAACAAGUGUGGAGUGAUCAGCCCCAGAUUUGAUGUGCAACUCAAAGAUCUAGAAAAAUGGCAGAAUAAUCUGCUCCCAUCCCGCCAGUUUGGUUUCAUUGUACUGACAACUUCAGCUGGCAUCAUGGACCAUGAAGAAGCAAGACGAAAACACACAGGAGGGAAAAUUCUGGGAUUCUUUUUCUAGGGAUGUAAUACAUACUUAUAAAUAAAAUGCCUCGGUGGA